UGCCCUACCUGUUGCAGCUAUUUGUGACCCGCCCAAAAGCUUUCCCUCUGUGCAAACCGGCUGAAUUCCCCGAGUUUACCCCGAACCCUCCGCUUCAGCUCUUCAGUCAUUUUCAGUCACACACCUGAGCUCCUCGUUCCCCUGCUGAGAUAUCAACACGUGUUGCAACGGUACUGAUUUGUUCAGCUCAACACGCUGCCCCAAUGGCUCAGCCCAAACCACUCUUCAUUCCCUGGUUGAAGCAGCAGAUUGAUAGCGGACGAUAUCCCGGCGUUCAAUGGGUCAACCAAGAACGCACAAAAUUCAGCAUUCCUUGGAAGCACGCUUUGAGGCAGGACUCGAACAGUGAUGACAUCCUUAUAUUCAAGGCAUGGGCGCAGACGAGCGCCGGCUCCAGUGGCCAGAUCCCAGGUGACCACUCAGUGUGGAAAAGAAACUUCCGCAGCGCUCUCAGAGCCCGAGGCUUCAAGAUGGUUAAAGAUAACAAAAACGAUGCCGCGAACCCUCACAAAAUCUUCAUGUGUCCAGACGACUCACAUUCUGGGGCAUCUACCGAGGGGUCACCAGCGUGUAAUAGUGAAAUUUCUUUCGGUGAUACCCUGUACCUGGGAGAAGACGAGUUGUUUCCGGAUGGAAGCACGCAGCCUGAUUUGUUGCGGCAGUGCCUUGCGGAUUUGAACAUUGUUGAAUCUCAACCAGAGAUGCCUGUGGAUCAGCCAGUCUUUCAGAGGGAACCAGCACAACUUAUCUGUGACGCUCCAUUUCCCAUUCAGGAAACUUCAAACAAUCACCACUUUUCUCCAGCUCACAGUGCUGUGGCUGGUGCAGGACAGAUCUCUCCUGCUGAGAGCACAUUAGCUCUCGACCAGUAUUCUCCACUAGAGGGCGCCUUCAUGGGCACACAACAGCCCCUGCCACAGGCUGAUCUUAAGCUGGGAUUGCCUGUUCAGUCCACUUCUAAUGACUCAGGCUGUAACCAGCUUGGGACCCAUUUUAUGGUGAAUGUUUAUUACAGAGGGAAGCAGGUGUUAAAUCAAGUGGUGGAGAACGAAGCUGGUUUCUGUCUAGUGUUUAGGAGCAACCCUAACCCAGUGGCAAGCCCGCUCGCUAUUGUGGAGCUCCCCGGCACAGAGAUAAUACUGGACCAGACCCAGGCCCAGACAACCCAGGAGAUUUUGAAUAACCUGGGUGGGUUGGAGGUGAGGCGAGAGGGCAGCAUGCUGUUGGGUUAUCGUUGGGGAGACACUCGUAUUUACUGGGGACUGGACAAACAUGAGCAGAGCCCCACACCCAGAGCACUCUCCAAAAACAAUCCCGAGUCCAUCUAUUCCCUUAGAGACUUUGUGUCAGGCUUGAUCGAGUUUAUUCAUAACCGUGGACAGUCUCCUUCAUACUCGCUCUAUUUCUUUCUGGGACAACAAUGGCCUGACCCCAAGAACAAACCAUGGGAGAAGAAGUUGAUCAUGGUAGAGGUGGUUCUCACGUCGCUGGAGAAUCUGAAGAUGAUGGCCGUGGCAAACGGCGCGACCUCACUGCAGUCAUCUAUGGACUUGCAGAUUUCCUUAGAGCAGAUGAUGGAACUGUGGUAGAGACACUUUCAGGCCGAACUCCUUUAAUCUUUUUUCAAGUGCAUGAAUGAACCGCAUGAAUCACUGCUUUUUUCAGGGAGUGGUGUUGGGGGGUGGGGGGGGGGGGGGGUGUUACAGGAGUGAUCUCUACAAAAAGACUAACUAGCUUAACUGUGAUGCUCAGGUUCCUGGAUAAAUAAAGUAAACAAAGGGAAUAAAAUGCGUGUU